AUGCCAGAAAAAGGUGAGUUGGUCCCAAAGACUUCUGAGGGUGUAUAUCAGUCCGACUUUGUCCAGCAGUUUUUUUCAAACACAGCGAGAAUUAACAAGAAAGCUGUGGAGAAAGCUCUGCAAGAUGCGCUCAAAGAGAAUCCAACAACAGAGGAAAGGAUUGAGAAGAAGGACAAAAAUAUGAAAAUCUUUGAAAACCUGAAGGAGGAUAGAGAGGAAUCAAAAUCUGAGGAAGAGGAGAAUAGAUCAGAUGAAGCAAAGACAGUUCCAGAAGGAGAGGAAAAAGGAGCUGAUGAUCAGAAUUGUGAAAACGAAGAAGAUAACCUAGAAGUUGAGGUGGUUGAACAGGAAACAGCUUCAGAAAAAAACAAGUGGGAGAAAGAGCUUCAGAAAAGGAGGAGAAGAUAA